GAAUUUUCGCCCAGAUGAUCGGCGGGCCUGCCAAUAAGUAAUUCGCGCGCUUUCCCGAUCAUCGAAAAUUUUUGGGAGCGGAAUCAAGCGAGAGAAAUGGAGUUCGGCCUCUCCAUUUUUUCGCUGCUGGUCGUGUCUCUCGUCCUGCUUCAUGUCGCGGAAUGUCAUCCUAAUUCGGAGUUCUGUGAAGUGACGUCAUUUGGAUGUGCGGACACCAAAUCCGGCACAAAGCUUUUGGUGAAAGGAGGAACCGUGGUUAAUGCUCACCUCCAAGAAGUUGCUGAUGUUUACAUCGAUGAUGGGAGAAUUGUGGCGGUGCAACCACACAUCAAUGUUGGAGAAGAUGUCACUGUCAUAGAUGCAACAGGGAAAUAUGUUAUGCCUGGAGGAAUUGAUCCGCAUGCACAUUUGGAGAUGGACUUCAUGGGUAUGCAGACCAUUGAUGAUUUUUUCAGUGGUCAGGCUGCCGCACUAGCUGGCGGAACAACUAUGCACAUUGAUUUCAUAAUACCAGUAAAUGGGAGUCUAACAGCAGGCUUUGAUGCCUACUCAAAUAAAGCAAAGAAGGGUUGCAUGGACUAUGGCUUUCAUAUGGCUAUCACAAAAUGGGAUGACGAUGUUUCAAGGGACAUGGAAGUCAUGGUCAGGGAGAAAGGUAUCAAUUCUUUCAAAUUUUUCAUGGCAUACAAGGGAGCACUCAUGGUCAAUGACGAGCUUUUGUUGCAAGGCUUCAAAAAAUGUAAAGCUCUUGGCGCUUUGGCUAUGGUUCAUGCUGAAAAUGGAGAUGCUGUUGAGGAAGGGCAAAGAAGGAUGAUUGAUCUCGGUAUAACUGGUCCAGAAGGGCAUCCACUUUCUAGGCCACCUCUGCUGGAAGGAGAAGCAACUGCUAGAGCUAUUCGGUUAGCAAGAUUUGUAAAUACACCCUUGUAUGUUGUUCAUGUCAUGAGCAUUGAUGCAAUGGAGGAGAUAGCCCAAGCUCGAAAGUCUGGGCAGGUGGUAAUUGGAGAGCCUGUAGUUUCUGGUCUUGCUUUGGAUGAUUCAAAAAUUUGGGAUCCUGAUUUUACAAUUGCCUCCAAGUAUGUCAUGAGCCCUCCAAUAAGGGAAUCAGGACAUGAUAAAGCGCUUCAAGCUGCUCUCUCAAGAGGAAUUUUGCAGCUGGUAGGGACAGACCAUUGUACGUUCAACUCCACACAGAAAGCACGUGGACUAGAUGAUUUUCGUAAAAUCCCAAAUGGUGUUAAUGGUAUUGAAGAGAGGAUGCAUCUGGUUUGGCACUUAAUGGUGGAAUCUGGUCAGUUAUCUCCUACUGAUUAUGUGAGAAUAACAAGCACUGCCUGUGCUCAGAUAUUCAAUAUCUACCCCAGAAAAGGAGCAAUUAUGGUUGGAUCAGAUGCAGAUUUAAUCAUUUUGAACCCAAAUUCAAGUUUUAAGAUAUCUGCACAGACUCAUCACUCUAAAUCUGACACAAAUGUUUAUGAAGGCAUGCAAGGCAAGGGGAAAAUUGAAGUUACAAUUUCAAGAGGAAAGGUUGUUUGGGAGAAUGGUGAAUUGAAGGUCGAACCUGGUUCUGGGAGGUAUAUACCAAUGGCUCCUUUUGGCUAUCUAUUCGACGGCAACAGAAAAGCAGAUUUAGCAUAUCUUUCGUCUCUUCGUUCUCCUGUUAAGCAGCGUAAGAGCUCAUCAUCCACAUGAUCAUUUCAAAAGAAUAACCUAUGCUUGAUGUAAACCAACAGAAAUUCUAGAAUGUCUUGUUUUUUCUGUCUAAAAGUUUCAGAAGUCUCACUAUCUGGGAGAUGCUUCCCAGCACGUGAGAUUUGGUUGACAGGUUUGUCCACUUGUAUAGCAAACCCAAAGUUUCAAAUGUUUCUUAGGCAAGAGAAACUAUAGGUAUGUAUAAAAUCUAUAGAUAUAUAUGGUGCUUGCUUGAUGAAUAAAACCCAUCUUUCAUGGAAUGCUAAAGCGGGCAUAUUUUUUGGUUGA